AUCAAAGUGUUAAUGUUCAUUCACUUGUCGAAAUUACGCAUAGGUAGUUUUUACAAACUGUUCAAACUGAAGAUGUUUUUCAUCAGUCAAGUUUGGAAAUAUGCCUACAUAUUAUAUCUAUAUAUAUCUAUGACAUUAUUCAGCGAUGACAGUGAUGAGUAAAAUUAUAUUGUUGAUUAAUUUGGUCCAAGUUGGAGAUAUUUUAUUUAUUUUGCUUUGGAAUCUACAUACUGGUCAGUCACUGGGAGUAUAUAUAUAAUUGUUUCCCUGCAAGUCGCAACCAACUUGUAGCAAAAUUGGUGUGACAUACCGUCUGUCGGAGAAACUGAAUCUGCACUUAUAAUUUCCUGAACGAUAAAGAUCUUAAUGCAUUGCAUCACUUCAGUCCUAUCAAAUCCUUCUAAACAAACAACAGAAUCGCAUCAGAUGACAAGGAAAAGUCUGUCUCCAUCAUCCCCUCUUACUCAAGUAUCGGAAGAACUGUUCCACUCAUCAAUGCUCACACGUUCAAUGGUCCACUCCUCGCCCACUUCAUUUGUGUCGUCAUCCCAUCCAUCCCAAUCAACUGGACUCGGCGUCAAUUCAACAAAGCCGCUCACCUCAAAUUUGAACACCAAUGUGACUAAUAAUUCAUCAGGACAUUUACCAUAUGAUCCUUUUAAAUGCAAAGUCAACCUGCCACUUCAAGAUGGUGAUUCUCGUGGUAUUUAUGAUACUUCUGCAUUAGUGAACAGUCAAAAUUUACUAUCCAGUUUGCCGUCAGUUUGUUUCGGUAUAUCGAAUGAUUCUUUAUUAAAUCAAAUAGCAAAUGGACAAGCAGCUAACCUUCUGUCUAUGUCAACACCAUUUCCCAGUGAGAUAUGCCUUAACAAAUUUCCAGACAGUCUAGUUCGCAAUUGGACUGAAGGUUUCACAGCUACAAACACUCAAAUAAAUAAUCCUCCGAUAAACACUUCUCAGAGCAUAAAUAUGUUAACCGAUAUGAGUGUCAGCAGUGCUGCUUUGUCCUUGAAAUGUCAAUCUUCCGAUAUACCGCUUAGCAUUAACGAUACAACUUUAGAAUCUCCUGAUAAUCUAGUCGUGUAUGGAUCAAUUUCUGACAAUAGUAACAAUCAUUACAGUCUGGAAAAGUCGAAGACAACUCUCUCGGAUACUGAAAGUAUGCAGAAUAACAAUUUCUCUGUUAUAAGUACAACUGCCUAUCAAAAUUCCUGUCUCGAGUCAAACAAAUCCCGAAUAAGCAGUCAUCAUACUACUGGAGGCGGCGGCAGUAUAACUCAGAAUAGUACAACGAGAAAAAGUGAUGAAGAUUUUUGUGACCUGUGUCAAAAACACUUUUGUAAUAAAUAUUACUUACGUAAGCAUAAGAUAGAUGUUCAUGGGAUACACACUGAACCAUAUUCACACAGUCGUCGACGUGCUGGGGAAACACAAAUCGCGGUCAAUACAAAUCAUACAAAAAGCAUUAACUUGUCUGUUAGCAAUAUCGGUGUCAGUACUGCAACAAUAUCUAAUGCCAGUGUUAUUACUCCACCGCUUAUCGGCAAUAACAGUAAUAACAGUGUUAUGCUUAACGGUGACAGUCUAAAGACGAGAGAUAAAUCUAAAGGACUUGAUUUUUCAGUAGAUUAUGACAAAUGCAAACUGAAUGACUUUCAGUGUGAUUCGUUUAAGCCGCAUUCACCAACGAAAUUUGAAUUCAGUAAUAAAUCACUGUCCAGCAUUUAUGAUUAUAUGAACUGUGGAAGUAAUUUACUGAAUGAAAACAUUAUCGGCAGUGGGAGUAAUCAGUGGAAGAAAAAUUGUAUAAGCACUACUAAUAUAAAUACACUCAGUAGUAUAAAAAACACUGAUAAUAAUAAUGGUGUUGUUGGUCAAGCUCCUCAUCCAUCAGAACUCAACCUUAGCCUGAUCAACAGUACAAACAGCACAUGCCUAUCACCCAGUUUCGAUGUGAAUACUACUACUAUUAAUACUACUAACAAGUACAAUGUGAGUAGUGAAGCCAUGUUGAACAUAAACGAUCAGUGCUCGAUAAAUUCGUCGGUAUUGGAGACGAAAAACUUAAAUCCAUUACUAUCAGCACAUCACUACUAUAUGAUGGCGUUGGCGGCAAAUUUUUCAUCUUCUACAGCCAACCUGCUUAACGGAUCAGAAAUGAUGAUGAUGAAAUCAAGUUUGACGACGAAUAAAUUCACCUCAAAUCUGGACAUUCCUUUCUUGCCUAUACCAGCUUCACUUGAUAUGAACAAUAUUGCUUUGCAAGAGGCUCAGUGUGAUCAAUGUCAUAAGGUAUUUUGUAAUGAAUACUUUCUUCAAUUGCACCGUCUAAGUCAUCAAAGUAAUUCAGAUGGAUCAUUAACGAGAUCUGAUGAAAGAAAUUUUGAUGCUUGCGAAGAUAUGACUACUGAAAUUAAGGAGAUCAGUAAUAUCGGUAGGAAAACUACCCAACAGUGUGAUAAUGAAAAAUCGGAGAUGGACACUGAGAAUGACAUUGGUCUUGAUUUCAAUUUACGAAAACGUGAUCGCGAAGAAACAGACGACGAAAAUGACAGUCAUCUAUUUCCAUCGAAUAAAUUUGCCAUUAGCGACAUGAAUAUGAGUUAUUCAAGGAGUUCAGAGUUCAGAAUUAGUGGUGGUCAUUCAUUGGACGCUUUUAAAAACAGUAUGGUCGCUGCAAAAUUGGCUGAUCGUGUGACCUGUGAACUCUGCAAUAAAGAGCUGUGCAAUAAGUACUUCUUAAGAACACAUAAAAUUCGAGUUCACGGUGUAUCACCGAAAGAUGUUGGUGGACCACCGAUGCGAAAUCCACCGGUAAUUGAAAACUCAUCGCUUUCUUAUCCUUUGAAUGAAUCACGGACGACUGGAAACUGUAUAACUACUUCACAGGAGACAAACUCUUCACUGAAUUAUGAUGAUAACUGUAAAACAGAUCCAGCAUUUUGUGAAGAUAUAAUGAAUUCCUUCAGCUCUGCCUACUCUACACUCGGUAUGGUAAAUCAAUUUCUUCCAUUCGCCUACUGGCCAUUAUUUGCUGCUAAUCAAUUUGUAUCCGAAAAAGCGGUUAACUGUCAAAUGGACAAGACACUACUACCUGGUCUAGACAGUGUGGCCACAUGGAACAGUUUAAAUAAUCCUAUGUCAAGUGAUAUGUACAAUCGAACAGAAAGUACGCAGAAUUUAGCACUACCGGAAAUUCCCUCUGCUGUAGCAUUGAUUUCUUGUCCAUUGUGUGAUAUGCCAAUUGGACCACGUUUAUUCUUGCCUACACACUUGAACAGUGUGCAUAAACUGUGUCCAACUGAUCCAGAUUUCUUUAUGAAUAUGUUACGCGCGAAACCAAUGACAAAAGCAGAGCUGAUAACUGACGGAAAAAUCAGUAAUUACUGGUCUACAAUAUUUCCUAGUCUCGAGAACAAACAAUUAGGCAGUAAUAAUGAUAAUAAUAAUAAUAGUAAUAAUUUGCAAUUGAAGUCAGCAAGUGAUACAUUUCAAAAGGAUCUUGAUGUACAUCAUCAGCCGAGUAAUAAUGACAUGGGCAAUGGAAGGAAUUCACCGUCUGAUAAAAGUGAAGAUGUUCUCAAUAUGAAUACAUUUGGUGACAAUUUAAUUAUCAAAGAAUUACAACCAUUUGUUCAAAAAACGGAGAUUCCGUCAAUAUCCACUCAGUCAGUCAUAUCUUCCGGAACACCGUCUAUGAAAACUUCAGAUGAUGCAUUGCAGGUGUGUACAGCACUGAGUAGUGAUUGUAAAACUGAAAUGCCUACAACAGAAUCUCAGCUCCCUUCUAACUUUCUUACAUCCAAUCCCCUUGUGUCUACGACAAAUUUGAUGCCAUUUUUUCCACUUAAUCUGACAAAAACUGCAGAAGAAGCAUUGAGUGAUAAUCUCGAUGCAGGAAUGAACCAGUCAUCUCAGUCAUCUGCGUGUGGUAAUGCUGACUCUAAGAGUCAACCGUCAAUUGCUUCUGCAGCUGCUGCUGCUGCUGUCUUUUCUGGUCUCCCGUUUAAUCCAGUUGCUGCAGCUAAUGCAACUAAUUGUGCUCGACCCUGGAAUGCUAUGUCGCAUUUAUCUACAACCAGUGAUUCAAGUAACUAUUCUACAUUAAAUCAACCGAACUGUGCAAUUUCACCGACUAAUUCAACGGGAGUUGCUUCAAGUUCACUUGGUCAUACAGGUGUACCACGAAAAUCACCUAAUCAGAUGCGUGUCCUAUGUGAUAUAUGCAAUAAAUGGAUAUGUAAUAAAUAUUUUUUGAGAACUCAUAAAGCCAAUAAACACGGCAUAACAGACUUAAGUCUUGGUUCUUUGGAGAAUUAUCGACCUGGACUUGGAAAGUCAACUUCUGGCAUAAAAUCGCAUAUGCACACUUCGUUCCGUAAGGCUUCCAACCAGUGUGUCAGGGAUUCCCCUCACACGGACGAUAACGAUUUUAUUAACUGUUCUAAUCUACUUCAAACGUCCAGUUUACAUCCAGUGCUGACGACUCCGUGUGAAUCACAACAAUCUUUGAAAAGUGUGCCAUCUUUACAGGAAUGUCAAACUCACAACUCAGAACAGAAACCAGUGAUUAUUGAUAAUCCUUCAGAAAAUUCACCUCCAGUAUGUCUAUCUGAAUGCAAUGAUAUUUCAGGAAUAAAUGGUUCACUUCCUCUAACAUUCCAGCCCACUGUUCCUCCGAAUUUACCUUGGCUUGGAUAUGGCUUUCCUAACCAAUCAUCAUCUUCUAUCGGGUCGUAUACAGCACUAAGUUAUCCAAGCAUGAUUCCAUUCCCACUCCUUCCAAACUCAGAUAUCCAUUCAUAUUCAUCGCAAACAGAAAUUACUGGAAAGUUGGCGACAAGUGAUUUGGCUUUAUGUACUACUGAUUCAGAAAUGCAAAACGAAGAGGACAAGGAUCCAUUAAACUUGAGUUUAAAAGUAUCGGAAGAUAAUUUGAAUAAGUCCGAUGAACAGGGCAGUUAUUGUGCAACAACAACAACAACAACGGCAGCAGCAGCAACACCACCACCACCAACAACAACAGCAAUGACUACAACUCAUAGUAGUACUGCUUUCAAUAUACAAGAAACAAUGACAAACAACCCAAUGGAUUGCGUGAAACGAGGACAUGCGAAGAAAUACUUUAAAAAUUACUGUUUCAUUUCCUAUCGCAUUAAUCGUGCACGUAAAAUGAUACAUUACAAAUUGAAUAAACGCUUAUUAUGCUUACAGAUGAAAAGAAAGCAGCAUAUUCAAGAUGUCAGAGGAAAAUUUUUUACAAAGCGUAAAACUAUCCUUGAUAAACGUUGUGAGCAAAAAGCCAACUGGUCAAAAAAUCAAUCAAAGAUAUCGGAGUGUCAGGCCGAUAGGACAAUUAUUACUCCUCGUCAUUCUGUGAACAUUAUGACAAAAUCAUACAAUUUACACCACCGGCAAAAACAAAUGCAGAGAAAGGUGAAACAACGGUCAAUGAAACAACGUAAUGCAGUUAAUAAAUUUCUCGGAGAGGACUCUUCUUCUAUUUCUAAUACUGCCUCCCUCCAUGUGAAUGAUAUCAAUAUACUUCCUCCUAUGAAUAAUGAAAUCCAGUAUAUCUCAGAAAAUCAGAAGAACAAUGAUUCACUUACAAAUGGUGGAAAGCUUUUUACACCGGCAAUUAAAUCCCCUGGAUCUAUCCUCCCAACUCAGAUAUUCUGCCCUUUAUGCUUAGAUGGAGAAGCUUUUACUCAGCCGAGUGAAUUUAUGCUCCAUUUAAAACAGAAACAUCCAGUUUCUGAGUGUGAAUCAGUUAUGAAUUUGUUUAAAACACAACUGGAACUAUACAACUCUCAGAAUCUUAUCUUUCAAAUAAACAAUCUAGCCGCAUCAAACGGUAGCUUGAAGUCUGCACCACUAAAUACAUGCAAUAAUGUGUUCGCACUAUCACCAAAUAAUAUGCUGGCUGUAUCGUCAUCAUCUAUGGGGAAUACAGAGUCUGUAAAUACUACUUCAUGGCCUGAAACUCAAAAUGAAAUCAUCUACGGCAUCCAACCAAAUAAUAAUAACAAUAAUAAUAAUAGUAAUCAGAAUAAAUCAUUAAAUUCACUGGCUUUUACUGAACCUAUGGAAACAACUCCUCCUACUUGUUGUUAUCCGGCGUCAAUUGUUUCUCAGUCAUCGGUGAUCCUGUCAUCGUCGCCAUCACCAUCAUCAUUACCAAUGUGUUCUUCUAUUGCUUCAUCGAUUUCUAACCCAAUUAUGCCUACUUCUCGAUCGCUUGGAAGACCUUUAUUCAUGCCAGUCAAUUCGUUUACAAAAACUCUUUCAACCAUAUAACUAAAUCAACAGCAAGGCCAAAAAUGAAAUCUAACAAUGGGAAUGAGUAACUUGCACGUCUUGACGCGCAGAACAUAAUUUCAGUGUGUAUGCAGGAGUGAUCCUAAUCACUGAUUCUUAUCUACAAUAACAAUAGAGUGGUACACCUUU